CACACACACUGAGAGACGGACGAUAAGAUUCAGCUUCAGACUAAAACCUCCACUUUGACUGAAAGAGGACGGACUUCAGGAGGUUACUGGGAAUACUGGAACAGCUCCACUUCACCCAGCUGCUGAAUCCACAAACUGAGGCUGAGCUGUUUGUCUGCUGUGUUUUCAGCUUCACUCAGAGACUAAAUGGCUUCCAGAUUAGAGGACGAUCUCUGCUGUUCUGUCUGCCACGACAUCUUUAAAGAUCCUGUCAUCCUGUCAUGCAGCCACAGCUUCUGUAAAGACUGUCUGCAGAGCUGGUGGACGGAGAAACAAACCAGAGAGUGUCCGGUUUGUAACAGGAGAUCUUCAAAGGAUCAUCCACCUCGUAACCUGGCGUUAAAGAACCUGUGUGAGAGUUUCUUACAGGAGAGAGAUCAGAGAGCUUCAGAGCCUCUCUGCAGUCUGCUCUCUGAGAAACUCAAACUCUUCUGUCUGGACCAUCAGCAGCCAGUGUGUCACAUCUGCAGAGACUCAGAAAAACACACCAACCACACAUUCAGAUCCAUCGAUGAAGUUGCACAACAACAGAAGAAGGAACUUCAGGAAACUCUGGAGCCUUUAAAGGAGAAGUUAAAGGUUUUUAAAGAAGUUAAAGUGAAGUUUGAUCAAACAGCAGAACACAUUCAGGUCCAGGCCCGACGCACAGAGACGCAGAUUAAGGAGCAGUUUAAGAGGCUUCACCAGUUUCUAGAAGAGGAAGAGGAGGCCAGGAUGGCUGCACUGAGGGAGGAAGAGGAGCAGAAGAGUCAGAUGAUGAAGGAGAAGAUGGAGACUCUGAGCAGAGAGAUUUCAGCUCUUUCAGACACAGUCAGAGCCACAGAGGACGAGCUGAGAACUGAACACGUCUCAUUCCUGCACAACUACAAGGCUGCAGUGGAAAGAGUCCAGCAGCGCCUCCUGCUGGAGGAUCCACAGCUGCCCUCAGGAGCUCUGAUAGACCAGGCCAAACACCUGGGCAACCUGGCCUUCAACAUCUGGAACAAGAUGAAGGACAUGGUCUCCUACAGUCCUGUCAUUCUGGACCCAAACACUGCUGGUCCAUUACUCAUCCUGUCUGAUGAUCUGACCAGUCUGAGAGUAGGAAAGGAACAGCAGCUUCCUGAUAAUCCAGAGAGGAUUGUUUAUUCCUGCUCUGUUCGGGGCUCUGAGGGCUUUAACACAGGGACUCACAGCUGGGAGGUCGAGGUUGGAGACAAUGCAAUCUGGUUCCUGGGUGUGUUAGCAGAGUCUGUCCAGAGGAAAGGAGACAUAGAGUCUGGAUUAUGGAGAAUAUGGUUCUAUAACGAUAAAUACUCAUCAUGGUCACCAUCAGAUGAAGGAACUGCUCUCGUAGUUCAGAAGAAGCUCCAGAGGAUCAGAGUGAAUCUGGACUGGAACAGUGAAAAGCUGUCGUUCUCUGAUGCUGACACUAACACACACAUACACACCUUCACACACACUUUCACUGAGAGGAUGUUUCCAUAUUUUUACACUGGCCAUUGGGAUCUCCCACUGCAGGUUUUACCAGUGAAGGUCUCUGUGGCUGCAGGACAACAGGAAUAGACGAUCAGCAUCGUUCUGUUCAAGACGUCCUGUCUUUGAGGAACAUGUGACUACGUUGUCCUGAUGAUGAUGUUGGUGGAAUCUACAGUAGAACGACAAUAAUAACAAAAACACCUGGAAUAUAACUACAGUUUUUGUUUUCCUCAAUCAGUGCAAACAUUUUUUAAUUUAGAGUCGAAUAGAAACUGUUAAAAAUUCCCCAAAAAAGUCAAUAACCUUUAAAAUAACUUCAGAUAGUUUUCAGUCAAGGGGCUAUAGUUUAAUUUUACAUUAUUGAUUAUAGCUUUAACCUCUUUCAACCAUAGAAGCAAUGCAAUGAAAGACAAAUAAAUAUUCGAAAUAAGUUGGAGAAGGUUUUAUCAAAUAUGUUUCUGUAAUAUUCUAAGAACCUGUUGCUUUUAUUAUUAUUUGAGAGAUCUAAAUAAUGUAAUUAAAAUUAAUUAAAUAAACAAGGGAAAUUGUUUAUGAACCUUAAAUCUGAUUUAUAAGAAUAAAUAAUUUACCUUUUUUUUAUUUUUUAAUUAAAGUUACAAAUCUCACAAAAAGAACAAGAGUUAUCUACAUUUUUGGGUUAUUAAGGUUUCUAGCAUAUACAUAUAUUACACCAGCGUUGUAAUAUUCUAAGAAGCUGUUGCAAUAUUAUUGGGCCUCAUUCACCAAUAUCUUCUUAAGAAUCUUCUUAGAUUCUUUCUUAAGUCCUUCUUAAGAAGAUUUCUAAGAAGACCCUACGUCAGAUUCAUCAACGUGUUAAGCCGCUGAAUUGUUCGCAGCCGUGUUCUUAAAUUGAUGAAUGCCAUCUCCUCGUAAGUUGAGCGCGCGUGCCAGGUGAGUCUAAUUUACAUAGGAUUAGCAUAGGUAACCGGCCAUUAAUGCCCAUAAAAGGAGCCAUAAAAAGGACUGCAGGGCCGUGUGUAGACGCCACACAGAGGAAACAGCAACAGAAUGCCUAAAGCAAAGCGUAAAUCCGUUGGAGCACAGGUAAAAAGAUAAAUAAAUUUAAAAAUUAGCAACCUUAGUGCAGGUUGCAACAACACAAACAAUUUAUUUUCUGGAAUAAUACCUUGAAACCACAAUAUGUAACUGGCCGUAGAGGCCAAACUGGUCAGAGAGUUGGACUGUGAUUACUUUAUCAAGGACUUUUCCUCGAAGAAGGCCAGUAAAAAGCCGGUGGUUUAGAUGAGUAGUUUCUAGGACUGUAGCCGGUAUCUGAGUACUCGGCAUCCGAGUGCCGUGUCGACCCCCCGGUCGGACGGUCGGUCUGAACACAUUAGCGCGAUUUAGUGCAUUUUUUUAUUACCAUUACAACAUGACUCCUCCAUGGCAUGCGCCUGUAUUUGUGUGUGUAAGUGCGUCUGUGUGCGCCGGCCAGCGCGAGGGAGAGAGAGAGUAUUAAUGGGACACUCUGGAUGCGCUGAUUGAUAUUUUUUUUUUUUUUUUUUUAAAUAGGUGGUCACCUAUAUUUUAAUUAAUACUACAAGGGCUGGCUAUUUGAGCGUUCUGUCUCUCCCAUAAUAUAUCUAUCGUCCUGUACGUCGCAGUUGCCAAACAAAACAGACCUAAAAUGACAGUUAUUUUGUGUGGUUGUGUGUUGCCCGGUGUUGUUAUGUGCGUAAUGGGAAGAGCGCCUUUGCGUGUGUAGGCAGGGGCCCGUGGCGAGUUUGUGUCCAGAGGUUGUGGACUGAGGGGUUGCAACCUUGGCUUGAUUUUAUUUAUUUUUUAUCACAGAUGAAGUCCCGCAGAGCCAACUUGCAACAGAACCAGAACGGACAGAGCCCUCCUGCAGCAGCAAUAUAUCUGCCAUUGUUUUGUAGGUCGUGGAGAAAUGCCACCUAUAAAUAGGGUGGUAUUACUAAUGGACGGCAUGAUUUCCAAUUUACUUGAUUCAUGUUAAAGCUUUGACACAUUUAAUUUAAUUAAAAUGAAAAAAAAUGAAAUGAAUAAAUAAAUACAUAAAUAUGACGGAAAUGUCUCUGUAAUGUAUUUUAUUGAACUUAACAAAAGAAGACAACACAACCAUGCCAACAUGUCAGCACUGAAAUGUGCUCAAGAUUACUCCUGAGUGUUCGUAGGAUUUGUUCUUACCUAAGAAAAAUCCUGGAUAAGAAAAAAAUUCAUGAAUGCCACAAUCUUCGUAAAAUCUUCGUAAGUAGGACUUAAGAACAAAUUUGUUCUUAAGAACGGUUCGUGAAUGAGGCCCAUUGUU